GUUGUAGACACUGUUGAGGAAGCAGUGGAUUACAUUUUGACAAGAGAGUCCACAAAACAACACAGCUAAGCGAUGGAGAUCAUUUUGGUCGUCUCUCUCUCUCUCUCUCUCCAUCGAAGAUCUGUUCCUCGUUCACAUAUCAUUUUGUUUCAGCUUCUUCCAAUGGAGGAGGCAUCAACAUCUGGAAAGGCAGCUUCCGUUAGGAAGAAAAUGGCGAAGCAAUUGACGGGAAAACGCGAAGACUCGCCUCUCCAUUCGGCGGUGAGGCGAGGAGAUCUCACAGCAGUGAAGGAGAUUCUGAGUGAAACCGGAGAAGAUGAAGAUCGGUUGAGAGAAUUAUUACAGAAGCAAAACCAAUCGGGAGAGACCGCCCUUUACGCGGCGGCGGAGUACGGCGAUUCCGAUGUGGUCGGAGAGCUGAUUAAGCAUUACGAUCUCGCCGACGCCGAGACCAAAGCUCGAAAUGGGUUCGACCCUUUUCACAUCGCCGCCAAACAAGGAGAAUUGGGUAAGCUUUCUUCGAGUACUGAUCCGACCCGUCUGUGUGAGCUAGCCAUGACGGUGGAUCCGUCGAACACGACGGCUCUCCACACAGCGGCGGCACAGGGGCACGUGGAGGUCGUCGAGUACCUCAUCGAGGCCGCCGGAAGCAGCCUGGCGGCGAUCGCCAAGAGCAACGGGAAGACGGCGCUUCACUCGGCGGCGCGUAACGGACACGCGCGGGUGGUGAAGGCGGUGGUGGUGGCAGAGCCGGAUACGGCGACGAGAACGGACAAGAAGGGGCAGACGCCACUUCACAUGGCUGUAAAGGGUCAGAGCCUGGACGUAGUCAUCGAGCUCAUGAAGGGAGGUCGUUCUGCUCUGAACAUGGUGGAUUCCAAGGGUAACACGCCAUUACACGUCGCCUCGAGGAAGGGCCGGACUCAGAUAGUAGAGUUGCUUCUAGAGAACAAGGGAACGAGCACGAGAGCCAUAAACCGAGCCGGAGAAACAGCUCUCGACACUGCCGAGAAAACCGGCCACGAGGAAGUCGCCGUCGUUCUCCGAAACCACGGAGUCCCCUCCGCCAAGUCCAUCAAAAACCAUGCGCCGGCCGCAAACGAGGCGGCUCGCGAGCUCAAACAAACGGUGAGCGACAUCAAGCACGAGGUCCACCACCAGCUCGAACACGCUCGGGAAACGCGGAAACGCGUUCAGGGGAUCGCCAAACGCAUCAACAAAAUGCACGUCGAGGGCCUAAACAACGCCAUCAAUUCCACAACCGUGGUCGCCGUUCUGAUCGCCACAGUCGCGUUUGCGGCCAUUUUCACCGUCCCGGGACAGUACGUGGACGAUCCGAGCUCGGUUUUGUGGGGACAGUCCCUGGGGGAGGCGAAUAUCGCGGGGAGACCAGCGUUUACAAUAUUCUUCGUGUUCGAUUCGAUCGCGUUGUUCAUAUCGCUGGGCGUUGUGGUUGUCCAGACCUCGGUGGUGGCGAUCGAGCAUAACGCGAAGAAGAACAUGAUGGCAGUGAUCAACAAGCUGAUGUGGUUGGCCUGCGUUUUGAUAUCGGUAGCGUUUUUGGCGUUAGCGUUUGUGGUAGUGGGGGAGGAGGAGCGGUGGCUAGCGGUGGGUGUGACGGUGGUGGGAGCGUCGAUAAUGCUGACGACGCUCGGGACGAUGGGAUAUUGGGUGGUGAGGCAUCGGAUCGAAGCUUCCAACGCAAGAAACGAGCAGAGAGAGUCCAUGUCUCGGUCCAGACAGCUCACGGGAUUGAUCGAGUUUUCCGGGAUUUUGUCGAAGAGAAUGUAUGCCAUUUAGAUGUAUCCGAGUGAUUAGAAUCACCUGAAUGUAUGUGUCAUAACUGUAAUGAGAAAGCAGAAAAUAAAUAAAUGGCCGUAUAGAAUUUCGAAAUUCGGACAAGACAGAAAAUUAUUCGGUCAGAUUUGUUUAGUUUGAUGAUGUCUUGUAAGGACUACGAACACCGAAUCUACCGGAAAACGGCUGUGUCGGAUAUCAUGGUCUCUUUGUUUGCCCAGAAACUGAAAGGGAAGCUGGA